AAAACAGCACUGCACGGGACAGUCUGCAAAAAUAAAGUCACGGGAAGCAUUGUAUUUAAUCUCAGCCGCCGGGUUUCUGUGUGGAUUCCAGCUGGGUUUAUGGAUUACAGCCAAAAUGGAUUAAUACUUCCAUCCUGAGUGCAGGAGGACGCCUCGCCCGAACACUGCUUCCACAUUAGCGCUAUAAUGUAUCCCACGUUCCGGACGUUUUUACUAUCAAACGCUCACUGCUGGGAUGCCGGCAGUGAGAGGUCAUAUCAGGACCUGUUCGAGAGGCUGGAUACCAACAAGGAUGGGAAAGUGGACGUCGCUGAGCUGCGCGCGGGCCUCAAGGCAAUGGGGAUAUUCCGCCAGGGUGCAGCACAGAAAAUUGUGUCAUCUGGUGACCAAAACAAAGAUGGGUGCCUCGACUUCAACGAGUUCUCCAAGUAUCUGAAAGAGCACGAGAAGAAGCUGCGGCUCACGUUCAAGAGUCUGGACAGAAACAACGACGGGCGCAUUGAUGCCUCAGAGAUCCAGCAGUCCCUUGCAGAGCUGGGAAUAGAAAUCAGCAGAGAGAAUGCCCUGAAAAUAUUACAGAGUAUGGACAUUGAUGGCACUAUGAUGGUGGACUGGAACGAGUGGAGAGAACACUUCCUGUUUCACCCUGCACACAACCUGGAAGAGAUCAUCCGCUACUGGAAACACUCUUCGGUGCUGGACUUAGGAGAAAGUCUUGCCAUCCCAGAUGAGUUCACAGAGGAGGAGAAGAGCUCAGGCGGCUGGUGGAAGCAGCUUGUUGCAGGUGCUGUAGCUGGGGCUGUUUCUCGAACUGGUACUGCUCCUCUGGACAGAAUGAAAGUCUUCAUGCAGGUUCAUUCUUCUAAAGCAAACCGAAUAAGUCUGAUCGGGGGCUUCAAGCAGAUGAUUGUAGAAGGGGGUCUAACUUCACUGUGGAGAGGAAAUGGGAUCAACGUUUUAAAGAUUGCACCUGAGACAGCCAUCAAAUUCAUGGCUUACGAGCAAUACAAGAAGUUACUAACUUCAGAAGGACAGAAGAUUGAGACGCACAAGAGGUUCAUGGCGGGCUCCCUUGCUGGAGCCACUGCACAAACAGCCAUAUACCCAAUGGAGGUAUUAAAAACAAGACUGACACUGAGGAAAACUGGCCAGUACUCAGGGAUGUUUGAUUGUGCCAAAAAGGUCUUGAGGAAGGAAGGUGUGAAGGCUUUUUAUAAGGGCUACGUUCCAAACUUAGUGGGCAUUAUUCCCUACGCUGGGAUCGACCUCGCUGUUUAUGAGAGUCUGAAGAAUGCCUGGCUGUCAUACCACACCACAGACUCGGCUAACCCUGGAGUUCUAGUAUUGGUAGGCUGUGGGACCAUCUCUAGCACGUGUGGCCAGCUCGCCAGCUAUCCCCUCGCACUUAUACGCACACGGAUGCAGGCACAAGCAUCCCUGGAUGUGUCGGACCAGCCAUCCAUGAGCAGUUUGUUUAAAAAAAUUGUAGCCAAGGAUGGCUUUUUGGGACUUUACCGAGGCAUCCUACCAAACUUUAUGAAAGUCAUUCCUGCUGUCAGCAUCAGCUACGUGGUUUAUGAGUACAUGAAGACAGGCUUAGGAAUCUCAUAAUGACGCUGCAAGUAAAAAGACAGCAGAGCAUUUAAGUGUAUCUGUCAGACUUCAAAAACAGCUUGAAUAACUCCAAGAAAACAGACAGAUGUCCAACAUACAGGUUAUGACUUCCUUCAACUGGAGAAUGAAAACUGUAUUUAUCACACUGAGGCUUUCCUGUCUUAAACUAAGGCUUUUAUCAUUUGUGCUGAGCAUGCUUUAAGUCAUAACUUUUACAUAUAACACUUCCAGAAAUGUACACACACCAUCCAAACCAUUACUUGACAUAAAGAUAGCAAUGUACAUAAGAAACAAAGAUAUAUUUAUGACCAGUGAAUUUAUCCUGUUGUGAUCAAACCAAAUGGUAGCUCGAUGGGACAUGCUGUUAUGCUUUUUAGUAACAAAGUAAUAUUUUCUUAAAUGGAGAUAGAGCUUAUCAAGUGGGGAAAAACAGCAGGGUUAAUGUUUUCUUUUCAGAAAAAAAGGACACUAUGCCAGUUUAAAUGUUUGAGCCCACAGACUUUAGAUGUAAUUUGACACUCCAUUAAGUUAGAAGCACCUGCUCUGGAGUGACAUCAGCUCCAGACAAACAGAGCUUAGCUCACCACUAAAAAUACUCGACCCUUAGAAAUCAAUAGGUUUUUAACACUGGAAGUUGUGUGCAUGAAGCUGUGAAAUGUGAAUUCACUAAUACCAUGUGUGAACUUUGAUAAUAACUUAUAUGUGCCUUACAGACACUUCAUGUGAACUUUCUGAUUUCAGCAUUUAUGUUUUUACUUACUACAUAUAGAUAAACACUGUAUUUACGUGCUGCAUAUGUGUAUCUGUUUUCAGUAAUGAUAUUUAUGUUUUUGUGAUAGCUGCUGCAUGUUUAAGAAAACAGGAAAAACUGGUCAUUGGACUGAAAUACUUGCAAAUAGCAUGCUUUUGUCAUGUGUCACUUCUUAUUUCAACAGAGACCUCUAACCGCAUACACACAGAUGCAUACAUAUACAUACUCAAACAGAGAGCCUCAACCAAAUGUCAUCGAACAUUUCAUUGCUUGUUCUUGUACAUCCCAAGUGUUGGGAUAUUCUUAUCUUCCAUGUAAGAUGACAAUCAACUGUUUGUCAUUAUUAAAAGUUAAAUUUAUGUGGA